AUGGCUGAGCAGCUUAAAAAAGAAGGAAAGCUUUUAACGAAAUCUCAAAAAGCAAAGAAGCAACAAGGUGAACUACGUUUACAACAAUUGCUUCAGGCUGGUACUGGUAUCAAAAUUGAAGGGUUUGAAAAUAAACAAGCUGGUGAACAACCAAAAAAACCUAAUUAUUCCAUUAAACCUAAAAAUGAACAAGUUAUAAAAGAACAAUGGGAUUUAAGCUCAGAAGAUGAAGAGAAGGAAGGUAUGGAAGAUAAAGUUCAGGAAAAAGGUGCGAAAGGUAAAAAGACGGAAGUGGGGACGAAAGAUAAAGAGAAGGAAGAAGGUGUGAAAAGUAAAGGGCACGAAAAAGGUGUGAAAGCCAAAGAGAAGGGAGGGGGAGCGAAAGGCCAAAAGAAGGGAGUGGUGGCGAACGAUAAAGGGAAGGAAGAAGAAGCGAAAGGUAAAGAGAAGGAAGAUGGUGCGAAAAGUAAAGAGAAAGUUGUAUCUUCUAAAAAAGACUCUGAAGAAGAAACUGAAAGCAGCGAGGAAGAAUCUGAUAGUGAAGAUGAAGAAAUGACAGAACAUCAGAAACAAAUUGCAAUUCGUAAACAAGAGGCGGCUGAGCGUCGACAAAAACGACAUGAAGAAGCUCUUGCUGCUCGCUCCAAAGAGAAUUUGAGGUCUCCGAUCUGUUGUAUUUUGGGGCAUGUUGAUACUGGUAAAACAAAAUUACUGGACAAAGUUCGUAAAACAAAUGUUCAAGAAGGUGAAGCUGGUGGUAUUACUCAACAAAUAGGUGCUACAUAUUUUCCUAUGGAAGUUAUCAAAACUAAAACUGCUCCCCUUAAUAAGGUUAUACAUACACCUGGGCAUGAAUCUUUUACAAAUCUACGAACUCGGGGCUCUUCACUCUGUAAUAUUGCUAUUCUUGUAGUUGAUAUAAUGCAUGGCUUAGAACCACAAACAUUAGAGUCUUUAAGAUUGCUGCGUGAUCGUAAAACACCAUUUAUUGUGGCUCUAAAUAAGAUUGAUCGUAUUUAUGGUUGGAAAACUAUACCAGAUAAUGCCUUUCGAGAUUCACUCGAGAAACAGUCGGAUACUGUCAAAAGGGAAUUCCAAGACAGGGUUGAAAAGGCUAUUUUAGCAUUUUCAGAGCAAGGAUUGAAUUCUUGUUUGUAUUAUGAAAACAAAAACUUUGCAAAAUAUGUUUCAAUUGUUCCUACAUCGGCUGUCACUGGAGAAGGAGUUCCAGAUAUGCUUAUGUUGCUUAUAAAUUUAACACAAUCCAGGAUGAGUAAUGAGUUGAUGUAUCUUACUGAAACAGAAUGUACAGUUUUAGAAGUCAAGGUUGUUGAAGGACUUGGUACAACUAUUGAUGCGGUUUUGUCUAAUGGGGUAUUGAAUGAAGGAGAUAAAAUUGUUUUAUGUGGUGUUAAUGGACCAAUUGUAACAGUUAUUCGUGCUUUAUUGACACCACAACCUUUGAGAGAACUUCGUAUCAAGUCAGCAUAUGUGCAUCAUAAAACUGUGAGUGCAGCUCUUGGCGUUAAAAUUGCAGCCCAAGACCUUGAAAAGGCUAUUGCAGGAUCUCGUGUCAUGGUUGUUGGUCCUGAUGACGAUGAAGAAGACCUUAAAGAUGAGGUCAUGUCAGAUCUUAAGGAUUUAAUGAGUUCUGUUGACAAAUCUGGAAAAGGUGUAUGCGUACAAGCAUCUACGUUAGGCUCUUUAGAAGCACUUAUAGAGUUUUUAAGAGUAUCAAAUAUUCCAGUCUCUGGAAUAAAUAUUGGGCCAGUUCAUAAAAAAGAUAUUAUGCGUGCUGCUAUAAUGUUGGAAAAAGCUAGAGAGUUAGCUGUUAUGUUGUGUUUUGAUGUUAAGGUUGAUAAAGAUGCACAAGAUCUGGCUGAUGAAUUGGGCGUAAAUAUAUUUAAAGCUGAUAUUAUUUAUCAUUUAUUUGAUCAAUUCACGGCUUAUAAUAAAGAAAUAUUGGAACAAAAACGUAAAGAUCAAGCGCCUCAAGCAGUUUUCCCCUGUAUUUUAAAGAUCAUUGCAGUAUUUAACAAAAGAGAUCCCAUUAUAGUUGGUGUUGAUGUUGCAGAAGGAGUUUUACGUACAGGAACUCCAAUCUGUGUUGUAAAAACAGAUCCAACAACCAAUGUGCGAGAAAUUAUUACCCUUGGAAAAGUGACUAGCAUUGAACAAAAUCAUAAAUCUAUUGAGCAAGUUAAAAGAGGCCAAGUAAGCGGAGGGGUUGCUAUAAAAAUUGAAUGUCCUGUGUACGAAACACCAAAGUUGUGUGGACGGCAUUUUACAGAAUCGGAUGAUUUGUAUAGUAGGAGUCGUUCAGGAAUGAUUUGA